AUGGCCGAGCUCGGGUCAAAUGAGUCAGGCUCCAACCCGGUCCCAGAUGACCUGUUCUUGGAGCCCCCACCAGCAGAAUCCUGGUGUUUCGACCUGAUUAUGUUCUACAAAACAACCGCCGAAGACGAUGAACAAGCAAGAAAUGUGUUGUUGCAACUCGAGAAGUAAGUUUUCUUUUAAUUUUGUUUUAAAUUUAAAUCAUUAAGAUGCCACUUGGAUCCAUUUUUAACGUAAUUUUAGUAAAAUUCAACUGUUUAUGACUCCAAUUUCAGUUACGCCAAGUUCAGUUUUGUUGUAAAUGGAAUAAUAACCUGUUUGUUGGCCACAUUUGGCCUUCUUGGGAACUCGAUGUUCGUUUAUCAAGUAAGUAAAACCAGACAUAAGCUACUUACAAUCUUGGAUUACAUUUCUGGAUGAGCAUAAAUCCGCAAACAUGUUUAAUGUCACUCUAAUUCCAGAUCCACAAGUCCAGAUAUUUCUCUCGUCGAUUGGCCUGUCACUUGACCAUGCUGUGUAUGUGGGACAUGGCCCUAUUGUUGUGCUGUUUGUCGACCUACGGGAUCAUAUCAUUGUAUCACGGGAUCAUGCCGUUUGUCGGGAUAAUUGCAUAUCUUUUGUACUUCUUUCAACCUUUUGCCAGUUUCUGCGUGACUGGAACAAUAUGGCAAGUACUGGCGAUUACAAUCGAACGCUAUACAGCUGUCAGCAAGCCGUUGGAACAGCGGACCCGCAAUGCUCAGUUCUCCGUUCGCGCAAUUUGUGCCGGAAUUGCCCUGGGGGCAUUUCUUUUAAAUAUGGUGGUGGUCCCUUUCGAGAGGGAAUUGAAAGAUUGUUACGAGUUCACGCCCUCGGGCUUCGAGGUCAGGACGAUGAUCUCCACUCUCCCUGUCGUCAAUAACCAGUAUUACGCGAUUUGUAAGUAAUCUUCCAGCUUUCUACUCCCACUCUUUUGUGUAAUCCCAAUUUCCUUACAGUAGUCCAUCUGAUUCCGGAUAUCAUCUUCCGAGCCCCUCUUCCCAUCAUCGCCAUCGCUUGUUUAACCAUCAGAACGCUCCAGAUUUUUUCCCGAAGGACUGUUGGGUCUCAAACCAUCCAUGCUCGUAGGAAUAUUCAUUAUAUGUUAACCUUGUUGAAUAUUAAAUUCAUCAUGUGUAAUACCCUCUACAUGGUGAACACAGUGCUUAUGGAAGUCAUGGGUUAUGGUGGGAAGACGAGCAGUCAACAAACGGAGAUCGACAUCGAGCAGUACAUCCGGUCGCUUUAUCUGACCGACCUCUCCAACAUGCUGCUGGCCCUCCAUUCCGCCACCAAUUGGCUCAUCUUUUAUCAUUGGCCACGAAUCAUGGGAGUAGGUUUACAUUCUUUCUUGUUUCGACUUUUUAAGAGACAAUAAAUGUAAUUUAAUUACAGCAUAAAAAAUACUCGAACAUUACAAUCACGACCUUGGGUAACAGCAGUAAGACUGUGGCCAUAGAUCAGGAGAUCGCGGAAUUGUUGUUGUCAAGAUUCUCUGCUCACAAAUAUAAAAUCAGCACAGAAUUACUGACUGUUGUGAGUUUAUACAAUAACAAUUAUUUAAAAAGAUUAAAUAAUAUUUUGCAUUUCAGUUAUGCCGAGAGAAUCCCCAGAUUGCAAAUGCUUUGAUUGGUUCUGAUCUGAAUGAAAACAAGACUUUGAAAGGGAAGGAAGGCCUUGAGAAGCAUCAGCUCCAACAAGCCCGACUACAGCGUCAUGGUGUCCUUUUAGCAAACGCCAUAGGUAGGUCCUUAAAUCUAAACGAUAAGAUUACCGCAAGUCUGUUUUUAAAUACCUUCGUUUUGUAAACAAGUACAGUAUUAUUCUUAAUCAUGGCAAUUAUUAUUGCAGAGGAGGUCCUCUUCGCACUGACGUCCAAGAACUUCUCGGUGGUCGAAUGGAAGGAUUUGUGUCGCCAGAUUGGAUAUAAUCAUUUCGAAGUGAACAAUUAUUGUGGGGCGGAACAAUGGAAGUUGGUUAGGGACACCUUAAUGUCAUCCAUCAACAAUUACGCCGUUAACAAGUAAGAACCAUAAUGAAAAAAGGAAACCGCCAAAAAAAUAUUCCCCAAUCUCAAAUAGGACUUUCGAAAACUCGUUAGACCCAUCUAGGAAUGCAGGGAUUAACACGUCACUUCGACGAAGCAACAAACAUCUCUUAGUCAUUCAUAAUUACGGAUAAUUAAUCAAUUAUUUCUAUAUUUCAGAUGGCCGGGCGCUAACUUCCAGCAAAUAAGCUCAUCCAAUAUUCAGAAAACAAUGGUCAAAGUAUUUAACUUUGCCUUGCGUGAGAUGAAAAGCGGCGCUCUCUGUGCGGUGGUGGACUCAACGCAACAGGUAAGUUGUGCAAAAAUAAGUAUAGUAUUAGUCCAAAAAGUCUAAACAAUAUUUUUUAGAAUAGAGCAUGCCAACCAGGCAGAAUGGGAACAGCAGCAGCUUGCACUACCGCUUUGGCCAGCUCGGCCUUGGCCUUCGGACCAAGGAGAAAUCCGGUCCCUUCGGUCUUCAAAGCUGAUCAGAAGCCUUGCCUUCGCCAAUUGGAUUCGAUUGGGAAUUCCAGUUUGGACUCGUACGGCCUCGAUUCGCCGAUCCAUUCCCGGACCAGAACUAUGUUAUCCCGGUUCUCUAUUUUUACAGGUCGAACCGACACCACGGAUUACUGCGAUUCCCCUUCUGAAAAGCCUUUUGUUUUUUAA